AUAGCCCGAACAGUGCGGCGAUUGAACAGUUCCAAAGUGGGGACGAUUGCUGCUUUAGCCCAGGCUCCUGUUCUCCCUGGCAGCGCAGAGUACAGUGCUCACUUGCAGGCUGCUGUUUGCUUUGUCGCUGUUGCUGGUUUGACAAGACACGAACUUCCUGAGCCAAGAUGCCCCGAGGCUUUCUGGUGAAGAGAACCAAGAGAGCUGCCCCUGUCUCAUACAGGGUACGCAGCGUAGAAGAGGAAUGGGGCGUUCCAGAGGCAGUGCCAUCCCUGUGGGGGCAGGGGAAGGCCCCUCUACAUCCCACCUCCUCCGGUGACACCAGGCCGGGAUACUGUGGGAUGCCCAGCUCUCCCUGCGCCCCAGCCCACAGCCCUAACCGGCCAGUCAGCAGUUGCCCUGGCUCCCCAGGUCGGCCAGGCAAUUCCAGCUCGCCCAUCCUGGCCGAAUCUUUCCCCAGCCCCUUGGCUCUGGCUUCGUCGCUGGGACGAGUUGUCUUCGUGGCUUCGGUGUCAGAUGAGGAGGUGAAGAUGGGGUCCAAUUGCACCAGCAUCCAGGCGGUCAAGAGGCAGCUGCCCCCAGCCAAAGCCAAGGCGCAGGGUAAGAAGCCUAGGGCGGAGAGGAAGCCUUACAGGGACGAGGUGACCACUUCACCGGUCUUGGGGCUAAGGAUCACCAAAGAGCUGACGGACUACCAGCAGCACAAGAGCACAGGCCAGCCCCUGGGGGAGUUUAUCUGCCAGCUGUGUAAGGAGGAAUACGCCGAUGCCCUGUCCCUCGCCCAGCACCGGUGCUCCAGAAUCGUCAGGGUGGAGUAUCGCUGCUCCGAAUGCGACAAGGUGUUCAGCUGCCCGGCCAACCUGGCUUCUCACUGCCGCUGGCACAAACCCAGGAACCCCAGCGGCCUGCCAGGGCAAGAGGUGGUCAAGGAGAGCAACAAGAGCAAAGCCAGGAGCGAGGAGCAGCCGGCCAGCCCCUCAGCCGGACCUUGCGAGUCGCCUAGCCUGGAAGAAGAGCUGUUCGACUGCCCGCUCUGUGGCAAGAAGUUCCGUCGCCAAGCCUACCUCAGGAAGCACAUGGCCACUCACCGAGGCCCCAUGCUGCUGCCAGGCGGCCAAGUGUACCUCCAGCGGCACCAAGAGAAGCCUGACAUUAGCUCCCACUCCGGACUCGCCUGCUCGGGCUGUGACAGCCUUCCUGAGGCAUCCUUCUCCCCCUGCCAGGUCCUCAGCAACGGCGAGUGUCAGCCCCUGGAAAACCCGCAAGGGAUGCUGCUGCAGCUCUCCACAGCGCCGGCGGUGAUGUGAAGUGAGGGCGGAAUCUCAACAUUAACUCGAAAACCCCAUCGCCCUUAUUUAUUCUGUGUGUGUGUGUGUGUGGAGGACGACUGAAGAAAAUUCCAAAAUAAUGCGGCUAAAACACAAUCUCGAAACAAGGAGAGAGAAGCGAAGGCAAAGUUCACUAGCCUAGUACUUUCCACGCAACAGUAACAUGGUUAAAUACAAGUAUAAAUUAUAUGUUAUUUAUUUUUUUUGUUAAUCAUAUAUAUUUAUAUAUAGAAUGCCUUUUUUGUACAAGAUUUUCCUGCGAUUGUUUAGAAAUUUUUUUUUGUUCGAUGGGGGUGGGCGGGGGUUUAACAUAGAAAAAAAACUGUACAGCCGAAUUUUGUAUUUUUCUCAAUGACUGAAAGUGACAUUUGAGCCUCACCAAAAAAAAAUUAUAUUCUCUUACGGUUUGCGAAGGGACAUCUAUCACCUGUGACAGCUUUCGUUUAAAUGUUGUUUAUUUCUGAGGUAUUUCAAAUAAAAUG